GGGGCGGCGCGGGGAGAUCGCUGGGCGAUCGCGGCGGCGGCGCGGGGAACCGACGCCCGGCGCCCCGAGUCGCCAGUAUGUGGAGCGGCCAGGCCCACCCGGACGAGGACCGCCCACCGCCCCCUGAAGCUGUCCCAGUCCCCUGGAAGAGUGUGGGCCCCUGCAAAAGCCACAGGGAGUCCCUGGGAAGCCUGGUGGAGACCCCUGCAGGGAAGGAGGCCCAAGGCGAGGAGGACCCUGCGACCACCCGGCUGGACGUGUUGCGUCUGCGCAGCUCUUCCAUGGAGAUCCGAGAGAAGGGCUCAGAGUUCCUGAAGGAGGAGCUGCACAAAGCCCAGAAGGAGCUGAAGCUGAAGGAUGAGGAGUGUGAACGGCUGUCCAGGGUGCGCGGGCAGCUGGAACAGGAGCUGGAGGAGCUGACCGCCAGCCUGUUCGAGGAAGCCCACAAGAUGGUCCGAGAAGCCAACAUGAAGCAGGCAGCGUCAGAAAAGCAGCUGAAGGAGACGCGGGGCAAGAUCGACAUGCUGCAAGCAGAGGUGACAGCCUUGAAGACACUGGUCAUCACGUCCACACCAGCCUCUCCUAACCGCGAGCUCCACCCACAGCUGCUCAGCCCCACCAAGGCCGGACCCCGCAAGGGCCACUUGCGUCAUAAGAGCACCAGCAGCGCCCUCUGCCCCGCCGUGUGCCCCGUGGUAGGACACGCCCUCGCCCCGGACAAGGAGGGCAAAGAGCCCGGGCUGCCCCCCCUCCUCUCCCUGCUCCUCUGCGUGGUCCCCAGCAAGGCGGUUCACCUCACCUACGAGCCGGCCUGGCAGCUCCCGCCUGGGGAGCUGCCCGUGGGCCCCACCUCUGCUACCUGUCUCUCCUUUUCCCGACAGGUGGACACGACUCUGUUUGCAGAGUUCCAGGCCUGGAGGGAAUCGCCCACCCUGGACAAGACCUCCCCCUUCCUGGAAAGGGUGUACCGGGAGGACGUGGGCCCCUGCCUGGACUUCACCAUGCAGGAGCUCUCAGCCCUGGUACGGGCCGCCGUGGAGGACAACACACUCACCAUCGAGCCCGUGGCUUCGCAAACACUGCCCGCGGUGAAGGUGGCCGCUGUCGAAUGUGGCCGCACCAAUGGGUUCCGGGCCCCGAUUGACACUACAUGUGCCCUGAGUGGCCUGGCCUGCGCCUGUCGUCACCGAAUCCGGCUUGGGGACUCCGAGAGCCACUACUACAUCUCACCGUCCUCCCGGGCCAGAGUGAGUCAUCCAAUGGGAGUGUUACCUGGCUCCUUAGAGGCUCCCUGGGCUGGGACUCUGAGCCCCAGGCUGCACAACCUACAAUCUACAGAGCAGGGCACAGGCUCAGAGAGAUCACUGCCGUGUGCAACUUCUUCACCUACAUCCGCUACAUCCAGCAAGGCCUGGUGCGGCAGGACGCGGAGCCCAUGUUCUGGGAGAUCACAAGGCUGAGGAAGGAGAUGUCGCUGGCCAAGCUUGGCUUCUUCCCCCAGGAGGCCUAGGUCAUGGCCCAGGCCUGGAGGGGGGCUCUGAGCUGGAGCCAACACCUGCCCCAGGAGAGACAGACAGACGGGGUCCUAGAGCCAGCCCUGAGCCGGAAGCUAACAGAGGGACAAAUGGCCAGGCCAUGGAGGCAGCACUGAGCCGGCAGCAAACGUCCAUCCCAGGACAGGACCUCAGGAGGUGACCUCUCCUCCCUCGUAGUACUACAGCCACCAGGAGGCUUUCAAGAAAGCACCAAAGACCAAGGAGCUAGGAGCCGUACAAAGGGGCUCAGCCCUUGGGAGGGCACCCCUGGGGCAGCCAGCACCCCCUCUCCAGUCCCAGGAGCUGCUGCCUGCAGGUGCCUCAUUGGCGAGAUCUCCAGGGUUAUCUCCCCACCCCCCCCUUUCCCAAGCCCUGGGCACCAGCACCCCCUUGUGGCCAUCCUUCACCUCGUUCCCAGGUGGGCCUGCUGUGGCCACGGGGCAGCAGAGCUAGGAGAAGCGGACGGGGGCCUCGCUGGCUGUCUUCCACUCCAUCCUGUAUCUGCCUGAGAAUGACCCCAGAACAUUCUUAAGAUGUAUCAGGGGCCCUCCUCCUGCCCACCCUCUCGACCUUCCUCCUUCCCGCCAGCUGAGCCCUAUGCUGCAAGGAGCCUUUGCCCCCACCACUGCUGGGAGGAUUGGGGCACUUUCCUCCCAAAGUAAAACACAGACAGGCCUCAGGACGCCCGGGCCUGUUUUCAGCUGUGGAUGGCCAUUCAGACGACGGAGGCUGAGAUCGCCCAGCCCGGUACACAGGACUGGGGUGGGGCAGGCAGGACCCGGGCCCCUCCUCCCCCCUCGCAGCCUACUCAGUACCCGGGUCCAACCUGGACACAUCCCUCACCACAUCCGAUUUCCUCCUCUGAAUGGAAUGUAACGCGAUCUCUAUUUAAUAAAGGACGGCUUUGUUGGUA